AUGUCUAAAGCCUUAAUUUUGGCCGGUAGGCUGAAGCCUGAUGCUAGGCUAGGGCUCGCACUGUCCGAAUUUGCUGCGGCUCUCGACGAAGAAAGUCGCAAAGUAUUCGUUAAGAUGCGGUCCAGCCCAUCUGGGCUAGGCGUCAUCGAGCCUGGAGGCCACUGGGGACGAGACUAA